AUGGCCAUGCUGCCGCUGAAUCGCCGCUUUCUCUGCAUCGGCCUGGUCGUGGGCGUUCUGGCCGUGUCGCGCACGCUCGCCGCGAACGAAAAGUUGCCGAUACAUGUGCCCACGGAUGGCGCAAAGUGGUAUGGAAACGACGGAGAAUGGUCGACGAUAACGCUGCGGCUCGGGAAUCCCGUGCAGACCGUAUAUCUCAUCGUGGGAACGAGCUCCUCCAUCACCACUACCGUGGGCUCGGUCUGGUGUAAUGAUCCGAGAUCCGGCUACAGCUGCGAUUCGCGCGGACGCUCGUUCUCGCCUGCGAAUUCUAUAACGUGGAAGGAGAUCGGCCCGUACGAGCUCGGGUUGCUGCCAAAUCUCGUCGAACCUAAUCUGCAGCACACCAGCAAGGACUUCGGCUUUGGCGAGUUCGGGCGGGAUUCGAUAAAAAUCGGCAGCGAGGAUGGCAGGGAGCUGCUGAUGAACGACCAGACGAUCGCAAUAGUCAACGACACGACACAGCUUUUGGGGUCGCUGGGAUUGAGCUUAAAGAGUCGUAGCUUUGUCGCCGAGGAACUGUAUCCGAGUUUUGUCUCGACGCUCUUCGACACGGGCACCAUCCCUUCUAGGAGCUGGGGAUAUACUGCAGGAAACUUUGGACAGAGGUCUCCGGCCGAUCUCGUGUUGGGCGGGACGAACGUCGGCCGCUACGUGCCGCACAACAUUUCGUUUGCGCUCGACGCCAACCAGAAUCCCAUCGCCAGCUUGAAUAAGAUUAUCGUGUCGGGCACCGGCACUCCACCGUGGGGCGCCGGCCCGGCAACUCUCAUGAUUGAGCCCGCGUUGGUCCAGAUCGACUCGACAACGCCGUUUCUCUGGCUUCCCGAAAGCGCGUGCAGGCAGUUUGAAACAUAUCUGGGCUUGAAAUGGAAUUCGACCAGCAACCUAUAUCUCAUGAACGAUACGAGUGUAUACGACGGCCUCGUGAGACUGAACAUGACUUUCUCAUUCAUACUGGAGCGGGAGAUCGGCAGCACCAAUCAGGUCAGAAUCGAUGUACCGUACGAGUCUCUCGACCUCAAGAUCUCGUGGCCCUACGUCAACACCACCGAAAAGUUGAGAUACUUCCCCCUCAAGCGCGCAACGGACGAGAAACAGUAUACCCUCGGCCGUGCGUUCCUCCAGGACGCCUACAUAGUGACGAAUUUCGACCGCGGCAAUUUUUCGCUGCAUCAGGCAGUCUUUCCUCCUGGCGCCGACCAGAUCGUCACCAUCCUCAACCUGAAGGAUGCGCCACAGAACACCUCUUCCGGUGGGGGUGGUGGCAUUUCCACCGGCGCAAUAGCGGGUAUAGCUGUCGGCGCCGGCCUGGUUGUUAUCGCCGCUCUGAUCGCAGUUUUCUAUUUCCGCCGCCGUCGUCGUCUCCGCAACAAGCGGAAGGAGCUGCCGGGGGACAUGCCCGGUGGGAUGGCGGGCGGGAUGCCCGCAGAACUGCCCAAUGAGCAAAAGCCGGGCGUGUGGGAAGCGUACGGCGAAUCAGCGCAAAAGCCGUACGGCAGUCAGAUCCCAACGAUCGAGAUGGCGGCGGAGGACAUACCCGUGGAGCGCACCGAACUGGCAGCCGUCAACAUGGAUCCGGCAGAACUGUCGGGAAUCUCGAGGGAACGCGAACGCUUCUCGUGGGAAGACGUCGACCCAGUGCCACAUCGGAACGUCGACAGCCCGCUCCUGCCCCCGCACCAGCAGAUGCUCCUGCACCAGGGAGAGGUCAUCAGUCCUGUAAGGUCCUCCAUGACGGCAGAAUCACAUCACCGUUCCGUUAGCGAUAUUAGUCCGGCUACGCCAGAUUCGCGGCCGCAUAGUAAUGCUUUCAGCCCUAUCAGCCCGGGUUCGCCUAGGUAG